AUGUCAUUUUCAUCUCCCAAUGAAGACGAUUAUUCUGACCUUGAGAGACGCCUCAAUGAAUUAAAGAAAUCUAAUAAUAUUAAAACCGAAGAAGAAUUAACAGAAAGGUUUACAAGCCUUUUUGGGAGAUCAACAAGCUUUGAAGCAAAAGAGGUGGUAAAAGAUAGAACCUAUGAAUUACCCGCCGAAAAUGUAUUGAAUGACGAUGAGAUUGAACAAUUGUUAUUAUCCGAAGAAAAUUUAUUGGAUGAUGAAUCAUUAUUUUCUGUUACACAUCAAAAGAAGCUAGACAGCAUUGUUUCGAAAUUCUUGGGUGAUGAUGAAAGUAAUCGUGGCGAUGACGUUGUAGCUUCAGAUCUUAUACGUCAAAUACAAGAUGACGUUUAUCUAGAGAAUAAGUAUGGCAAUAAAGAAGGAAAAGUAAUAGACUAUGAUGAAUUGGAAGAAAGAUAUAGAUUGUUAAAAGGAGAUAGUGUGAAAUCAUCAUCAAUUAGUAGUGAGAAGAGUGGUGUUAGCCCACUAGGACCUCCACCUAAACCUUUAGAAUUAUCUGAAUUUGAGAAUGAUGAUCCGGAUACUUGGUGUUGUAUUUGUAAUGAAGAUGCAGUAGUUAGAUGUCGAGAUUGUGAUGAUUUAUAUUGUCAAGAGUGUUUUCAAAAUGGCAAGUUAAUAUUACUUAGUUUUAAACCAACGAUUUUACCAUUUUUUAGACUGACUCAAUUAAUUUUAAUAGGACAUUUUGGUAAAGAUUCGGAUAGCGAACUAAAACAACAUAAAUACGAAAAGACAUGA